AUCCAAUACACUGUGACUGACUCAGACUGACUGUGACCUAAACCACUAUGGCAGCCGGUUGAAGCAUAAAUAGUGAAGUUUAAAAAUAUGGAAAUAACGAAAUUUUGUUAUUUAAGAAACUAAAUUUGCAAAUUUAUUAUUUCUUACAUAGUAUUUUACUUUUGUAAAAAAAACAGCACACAAGCAUUAUGUUUGAUCAAAGUAUAAUUGGGAUAUGCUUUUUCAUCUGCUUAGCAAUAGUCUUCAACUUUUCUUUACACCGUAUAGAGGAAGGUCAUGUUGGUGUUUAUUUUAGGGGUGGUGCACUGCUACCCCAAGUAAGUAAUCCUGGAUUUCAUAUGAUGAUACCUUUAUUGACCACAUAUCGUUCAGUUCAAGUCACGUUACAAACAGACGAGGUAAAGAAUGUACCAUGCGGUACUAGCGGUGGUGUGAUGAUCUAUUUUGAUCGUAUAGAAGUUGUAAAUGUAUUAGAUGCAAAUAGUGUUUAUAAUAUGGUGAGAAAUUUCACAGCAGAUUAUGAUCAAACGUUAAUAUUUAAUAAGAUCCAUCAUGAAUUAAAUCAAUUUUGUUCUGUGCACACAUUGCAUGAAGUUUACAUAGAUCUGUUUGAUCAAAUAGAUGAAAACUUAAAAACUGCUCUUCAAAAAGACUUGAAUGACUUAGCACCUGGUUUAAGCAUACAUGCAGUUAGAGUUACCAAGCCUAAAAUUCCAGAAACUAUUAGAAAAAAUUAUGAAUUAAUGGAAGGAGAGAAAACAAAGCUAUUAAUAUCUACGCAACAUCAGAAAGUAGUAGAGAAAGAUGCAGAAACUGAUAGGAAGAAAGCUGUUAUUGAAGCAGAGAAAGAAGCACAGGUAGCAAAGAUUCAGUUUAUUCAGAAAAUUAUGGAAAAAGAAUCUCUACAACAAAUAGCAUCUAUUGAAGAUGAGAUGCAUUUGGCAAGACAAAAGAGUCAUUCUGAUGCUAAUUAUUAUCAAAUGAAAAUGCAGGCAGAAUCAAAUAAAUUACUUCUCACUAAAGAAUUUUUAGAACUAAAAAAAUAUGAAGCACUUGCACGCAAUGCAAAGAUUUAUUAUGGUCAAGAUAUACCAAAAAUGUUUAUGUAUGGAGGCUGCUCGAAUGAUCCUAGCAUAGGUUCCACUGUAGAUGUUCAAGAGUCUAUAAUGCAAUGAAUGGGCAACUCUUUUUUUUUUUUUAUAAUGCAAUGGUUAUUUUAGUUAAUUCUAAUAUGCAUUAGAUGUUAUUAUAACGAUUGUAACAGUGUUGAAAAAUAAUAACUAUACCCAGAUACUCGGUAA